AAUCGAAGCUAUGUCUGGCAAGCAUAUAUUGUGAUGACUUCACACUUCAUGCUUUCUCCUGUGAUUUUAUUAUUACUGUGUUCAACUAUAGUGUGGCACUAAAAUGAACCAUAGGCCGCAUAUUUUCUGAUCCCCUCACCAUUUUGCUUUCCUCCUAAGAAUGUACACUUUGUGGCUCGACGCCUCCUUGGCUUGUAUGUCACUUGGUGGUGUGAGCAUUAUCUGCUUCAUUUCCGUUCGAAGGAACACAUGGCAAAAGUCCACUUAUAGAUUAUCGGGUCCACUGAGAGUGUUAGACUCUGUUCUGCCGUUUAUCAUAUUGUUCCCUACUGACUUCAUAACUUAAUGCAAAACCGUUGAAAUCAAUUAAAAGCCGUAUUACUAACAUUUUUGUUGUAUGUAUUACAGGAUUGCAGCCACUUGAUUGUACACGGUGAAACCGUUGAUUCUAUCUCGCUGCACAACGAGUGGCUCCACAAGAAUCCUCACUGCAGGGAUGAGGAGAUGCUGCGACCCAGGCUGCUAGCCACAGCUCAAGAUCGGCACGAGCGCCUAAAAAGCAUGACGCUUGCUGAAGCAUUACUUCUGUACCCAUUUUUGGCAACGGAAGUCUCGCUGCUGGUGGAGUUCGAAACUCUCUUCAAGAGGGCAGCAGCCGACUGCAUUCAAGAUGGCUGCAGUAAAAUGGGGACCGUCAUCCUUGAUCGGGGAAGUCCCGAUGAGGUGGCAACGUUCUCGGAAGUGGCAACUGAGGAACCUGUGCUGGCUGUGCUGGAGUUCGUAGCAGCGCGCUGCAAGGAGCAGCUCGACACCAUCUUCACAACGGAAGCACCACAGCUGACCCCAUCAUUGGUUAGGUCUGAUGGAGCCCUGGACCUCUUUGUGGAUGGCCAGCGGCUCUUCAGUGUGUCGAACUUAUUAGCAGGGAUUGCAUGCCUGUUUUCCUCAUUCUGGGUGUUUCAUAUUGAGUAUCCUAGGAAAGCAUGUAAACAGUUAACAUUCUUGGAACAUGCUUUUUUGAAUCUAAGCCACACAAAGCCACGUGUGAAAGCCCUAGAGCUGAUCAAUUUUUUCAAAGCAUAUAAGCAGUGAUCGAACAGUGGGAAACAUUUGCACUGUCCUGCAGUAUGGUGCAAAGUGUGGGGAUUGAGGAAUGCGCCGUUGCCAUUGUGGUGGCUUCACCUGUUCUGCCAUCCCUACGUUUCCCCCACGGUUCCACUCGCAACAGUUUGCAGUGGGGGCAGGACGCUGACGUCUGGACGCGGCCUUGCUGACUGCCGAGUGUGUCUCUUAUCUCCGGGACCAGUGCAGGGUACGUACAUGAUUUCCUCUCGUCCGCCGACACCUUUGUGACUAGGACUUGAGCUCGUGCGCGGUGCCUUUGCCCGUGCGGGGAGCGCGUACUUUGUGCUAAUCCUUUCCCGACGCUAAGCCGAAGAGCGGUGCCUAGUGCUCGUGUGAGGUCGUGCCACACUUGCUGAAGGAGAUUGCCUGAGCUCUUGCGAGUUGGCCCAUUGGUCAUCACGAGAACAAGUAGCAUUACCGCCAGGACUAUUCCCAACUGCGUGUCCCUGCUUGAGCCUCUGCUUUCGCAGCGAUGUGCUAUAGGUGCUUGUGUCUAUUUUCACUCUUGGUGUGGGACUCCCCCUUUGGUGCCCCGCCUCCCGGGUGUUUGUGCAGUGUUGGUGCCGCCGGAGUCUGUAAACGGUUUCCGUUAACUCAGGGCAAUACCGUGUUCAUGCGUGCGUCGCUCGGUAGCCCCUUGCAGGCUGAGUUCGUGCACAGCGGUGCUGGAGGCGACGGCUGACACGGCCCUGUGGCUCACUAAGCUCGAACCCGCGGUGGUCGGUACUGC